AUGGGCUCGAGCCCCAGCGGGGCCCUCGGCGGCUACAGGGAGGCCCAGGCGACACCGGAGGCCGGGGAAGACCCCGCGCCGGAAGGAAGGACGGAGGUCCCGCCAGCGAUCCCCCUGGCUGUCCGACUCGUCUCAGCCCUUUCCCUUGGGCCCACCUUCCCCGCGGCGGCGGCCGUCACCAGGGAUGCAGGGAGCGGGUGGGUGUCGGGAGAUUGGUGGGGCCGCCGCCCUCGGACACGCAGGGCCCUGCGCCGACAGGACCCCACCCCACCUUGUGCCGCCGCCGUCGGACUGGGCCGGCUGCAGUCGCAGGGCGCGCCACCUGGAGGCCGCGGGGCCCACGGCGACCCUGGAGAACGGUUCUCGCCGCGGCGCCUCCGGACCCCCCCCCCCAGGCGGCCGACAGCCCCGAGCAGCGACGGGCGCCCCGCCGCCCUCCUCCCCGAGAGUCCGCCCCACCGCUGCCCUCGAGGGCCCAGGGGCUGUCAGAGGCGGCGCCGGCUUUCCCUGCGUCUAAGUCAGUUGCCCAGUGACGGCUGCGGGACCACCAGCUUUCAGAACUGAGUCUCCGCUCAGUCUCCCGGAGGAAACUGGCCGAGCGGCCUCGGAAAGGCGCGCGGUCGCCCGGAGGAAGGGACAGUGCUGUCACCUGGCCGCCUCCCCGACGACUUCGGAACUUGGUGCAGCCACACGCAGCGGUGGGGGGGAGGGGGUGGACAGACUCGGUCCAGCCCAAGAGAAGGAGUGGCUUUCUCCCCCAACUACCCCA